AUGCGCUUUCCUAAGUCCUUUCUCGAACGCCAGGCCGAGGCUGCGCGGCUUCGCCAGGCCCUGGCUGACUCCUGGGCUGCGCGGGUCCUGGAGCCCAUCGAAGGCCUGGACGAAGGUCCGGAGGCGCAGGAAGCGGAAAACUUCGAAAAGGACGAGCCCCCGAAGGAGGAGCUGGACUGGCUGGCAGAAGUCCAGAAAGAGGCCAACUCUGAGUUUCUCCGUCUGCAACAGCUGGAGAAAACGGAGGCCUCCCUGAGUGCUCGGCUGAAACAGGUUUCCGAGGAGAAAGCCGAGCUCCAGUCCGCACGUGUGGAUUUCGAGGAUGCAGGCAGCGCCCUGCGUGAAGCCAUCGCAUCGCAGUCCGAGGGCUUCAUACGCCGUGUUGGGGGCCUCGAGAAUGCGCGGCGAACAGCUGACCAGGACCGGGUGAAGCUGAUCCAGGAGUGUGCCGACAUGCAGGCUCGCUUGGAUGCUCUGGCGCCGGAGCUCGAGGGCCUCGACGAUGUGGAAGGGCGGCACGCUGGCCUUCAGGCGGCACAGAAGGUCUUGAGCCAGCAGAGUGAGCGGCUCCGGGACAUGAAUGCUGCUUUAGGAGUACAGCUCUUGGCCGACAAGGGUGGCCUCGAUGCAGGCAACAUGGAGCCUGUGGCCGAGGCAGUCUUUCGGGCAGUGCAGCUCCAGCAGAAACUUCAAAAGAGACUUCUGGAGCAGGACAAGGAGAGAGAGGAUCUCAGUUCCAGAAUUCGGGAUUUAGAGCGUGGUGGGAUCCACCAGUACGAGCGGCCGCCGGAUCAGGCAGGCAAAGCGUUGCCUUCCGGGCCACCCGGAACACUGACCGCCCUGAGGGGUGGACUCGGCCGAAUAUUGAACAAGGUCUGA